AUGACUGUGAAACAAUAUGCACAGUCAAUCAACCAAAUGGCACAGCAAGAAACCGGGUGGAAAUUCAGUGCCCUGAAUGCUUCAUCCGACCAGCUGGAGGAUUUCAAGCUCGAACAUAUGGCGAGAGACAUGCAAAGUCUUGCACCAGAGUUGUGGGGGAUGCUGGGUGAUGUUCUGUCUGCUAGUGGACAGACAACAGAGGUCAUAUGUGAUGACGCAGAUGAUGAAGAAUACUGGAGGGAGGAUGAUAGUAAUGUUGAAGUGCAAAAUGAAGGAACCACACACUCACGGGAGAACAUUAAGGCCAAGCGUCGUGGAGCAAUUGUCAAAAUUAAAAAAGUUGUCCUCAUGAGUAUUAUGCUGCAAAGUUCGAAUCAAAAAUGCAAUGCACUGCAAAGUAUAUACGGGAUUUUCUUGCAUUCAUGCAACACACCACAACGAGUCAUUCACAUGCUCGCACGAAUGGGCAUCUCAACAUGCCCCGCUACAAUUCUCAAUGCAAUCCGAUCGUUGUCGCAUGAGAGCAUCACACACAUACAGGCGAUGAGCCAGACGUUGCUCGUUGGAUACGUAUAUGACAACUUCGAUGUUGAUUUCAAGACAUCAGCGCCCUUCAAUACCUGA